AUGUCCUCUACAACUUUGUCUCCGCAGCAGUUAGGGGCUUUAGUCGACAUUCUCGUUCACCACGAGACUUAUUCGGAAGCUGUGAGCUUUAAGAACCCUGAAGCUAUCGAGAAAUAUGGGUAUCCAUUUGAUCCUUCGGCUCGCGACGGAGGUAGUAAUGCAGACGGAAAAUCAGCAUCUCCACUGCUACAACUUCUUCUUACUAGAUUAAUUCUUCCUAUUCCUGGAGUCAGAGAUCUCCCCUCCGAAUUUUGGACUACCAAGUUCCGAAGUAUUAUGAGAAGAUUUGGUGAGAUAGAACUGUCAGAAAGCUACGAUAAAGGGACUCUAGGUAGUAGGAAACGGUUGGCCUCAGCCGCCUCAGUCAUUCACGAAUGCAUCACUAGGGGUCUAUUAAAUGGUGUACCAAAUGAUGAGCUACCGAACCUACAUGGUCAAUAUGAUACCGGUAAAGCAGAAGACCUUUCUAGGGCUUGGGAUGAUGUGGUUCAACAUUUAGUCUACGGGAACUUGAUCGAUGAGUUAUUCGAUCACUUCACGAAGACUGCAAACCUCGAGGAUCAUUCACCUGCGGUUGAUGCUGCCGUUAAUCUCGCUAUAAUAUAUGUGGCUACAUUUCUCCACCAUCUUUUUGUCCUCUCGGCGGAAGGCCCCUAUUUACUCAAGUUGAUCAAUAACAUUCAUGGAUUGAUCCCCUAUACGGUAAUUGGACAAACACUACGCGUCGGAAAUGCGGGAACAAUGAUCAACGCCAUGGUUAGAUUAUUUCUAGCAAAAGUCAGUGUCGGCGCAAUUUCGAACUGGCUUGGCUUGACGCAGAAUGCUUCAGAUGGGAUGAACCUCUUACAAAGGAUAAUAUCUCUAGUGUUAGAAUGGGAUACCAGCGAGUUUCGCAAGGCAAUAGAUAAUAUUAAGCGAAGCAAAGGUAGACCCGAUGAAUCGUGCCUAACCGCAAUCGACGCACACCUACAGGCUUCUAGGGACCAACACGAAUCACUUCGUAAAUUGAGUAGGAGGAAUGAAACGUCCAUAAUCGUAGCUAUUCUAGAGGCCAAAGACAAGGCAUCGCUAGAAUCGCUGACAGAGGAGCAACAUGCCCAAUGUUUACAAUAUUAUUCGGCUCAACUUGCGAUCCGAGACAGGGAGAAAAUUACCGAAGCUCUCUGCCGUCAGACCCCGGAUUUAACUACAACUAUCGUGCGAGAUGUUGUGUCCGUCUUCGAACCUAUGAUUAGAGACAUUCACAAGAGUGUUGACAUACGCAAGCAUCUUAGCUCUGUCGAAAGCUUUUUGACGGACUUAAUAGAGACAAGUAAGCCAAAGCAGCGAGAUAGCAGCAAAGCACAGAGCAGUACUACACCGCCAUCCGUUGAGGAUUAUGUCGCUUUGUUAAGACGGAACCGUCAGUUAGCCUACGACUAUCUACGUGACUUCGCUGAAGGGUGUCCGGACUUACGGACAACGUGGCUAAAUUGGGCUAAGAAAAGCCUCGAGACUUUCCGACGGGCCAAUCAAGAUAGCAACACUUGCGAUCCCAAAGAAAUGGAUAGGAACUUACAGGAUCUGUUUGGUAAACUCCCAUCUGACCGACAGAGUAGUGUCAGGGCCAUCAUCGAUAAUCACGUUGAAUAUCUCUCUGCAUCAGAAAACGUAUCAAUAGUACGGAUGCAGAGCAUUAUAGAUGGCCUAGCUUCCUAUGAAAAGAAAGAAGCAUGUGGAAGCAUGGGCGGUCCAGGGGUGUACAUAACGCGUUGGCACUGCCUGUUGGAUGAGACCAUUGUUACACCAAACACACCAAGAGGUUUGCCAAGAAGUGGGAAGGACGUUAAGGGUGUAAAAGCUCUCGGAAAGACCGAGUCUGUCGCCAAAACAGAGACUUGGGACCCAGAUACUCUUACUCGACAGGAGGAGCAAGCGUGGCCCGAACCCCCUGGUGUCUCAACUGUUGUUGAUGCACUUGGCCCUCAAUUUAAAACUCUAAUUGCUAAUAUUUCAAGCAACGGCCUAUCGCCUAAGUAA